UUUAUUUCCGGACCGGCUCCCACGGUUGAAGGCGGUCCUUCCACACGGCCAACCCGCUACGUCACCUGUCACCACCACCACCACCACCAGUGGGCGGUGGGCACCAAGCUGCCGUGGCGCAUCGCCGCGGGUCACCCCUCCUCUCUGCCGGUCCUCCAUGUGGCGGCGCACACGCCAGUGACCACGUCACCACGUCAGAGGAUCUCAAUCCCACCCGCCGUCCGCCGCUCCUCUCUCGGUCUAGUGGGGGUGGAGAUCCGUGCAAGCGAGGACCGGUUCUCCUUGCCCUGGUGUGCCCAUUCGUGUUCGUAUUGUAUUUGACCAAGGAGAUUAGGCCUAAGCAUGGGGGCUCCAAAACAGAGGUGGACUUCUGAGGAAGAGGCUGCUCUUAGAGCUGGAAUAGCAAAACAUGGAGUUGGAAAUUGGCGCAGAAUAUUGAACGAUCCAGAACUUAGUUCCACCCUGCACUACCGCUCGAAUGUUGACCUAAAGGACAAGUGGCGCAACAUGAAUGGAAUUGUCUCCGCAUCGGGUUCUCGUGAAAAGGGGAGAACUACUGUGAAGAAAACCCGAGCUACUCCUAAGAAUAAUGAUCACUCAACUACAGUCAACACAGUUACUUCUGAUGCUGAUGAUGAGAAUGUUGAUGCAAAGCCUAUAGCAUCAGUGUCUAGUGGAGCGUUGAAUACAUCAAAUCUAAAGAAACCUCACUCAAGGCUAGGCAAUAUUAUAAUGGAGGCUAUAAAGAACUUGAAUGAGCCUACGGGGUCGCACAGAACUACUAUUGCUGAUUACAUAGAGGAGCAAUAUUGGCCACCUAGUGAUUUUGAUCACUUACUGUCUGCAAAACUUAAAGACUUGACCACCAGUGGGAAAUUGAUAAAGGUGAAUCGGAAGUAUAGGAUAGCACCUAGUUCACCGUACUCAGAGGGCCGAAGCCCCAAAAUGCUGCUGCUGGAAGACGUGCAAAGAGAGCCCUUCAAAGUAGGGAGUGAUGAUAGUAAAACCCUUACAAGAUCUCAAGUUGAUGCUGAAUUGGCUCAUAUGGCAACCAUGAGCGCUGAGGCAGCUGCAGUAGCUGCUGCUCGUGCAGUUGCAGAGGCAGAGGCUAUCAUGGCAGAAGCUGAAGCAGCUGCAAGAGAAGCAGAGGCUGCAGAAGCAGAUGCCCAAGCUGCACAGGCCUUUGCUGAAGCAGCAUUCUUGACAUUGAAGAACAGAAAUGCUGCAAAAUUGAUGGGCCAAGCUUGAUGCUACUCGGAGCUGUUUCCGAGUUGUAUCAAUUUAUGUUACUGGAGCCAUGUGAGCCCCGACGCACCAACGAAGACGCCAGCUUGGUAUCCCCUUGCGAAACCGUUUUCGGAACUCGGUGGAAUGCUAAACUCUUUGCCAAUGUGAAAUUGUUAAAAAAAUUCACUGAC